AGUGGGCUGAAGCAGAGUCAAGCCUUUUAGUUUCCGUUCUUUCCGAGGCUUGUCACGCAGCUCUGGCUACGCAUUGACAUGUUCACGAGGGUACCUUCGAACGACAGGCUUGGAAAAGUGGAUAUCGGGCGGGUCCCACUCAUUGGAGGAUUUUCCGAAACAAAUCUCCCCUGGCCACACCCACGCACUGAACAAGCGUUGCUUCGAGCGACCGAGUCCCUCUCAUUUCUUCUUUCUUCUCUCCACUUAGUGGAGGAUUUCGAAACAAUCCCUCAUCUGUCAGUAUGGAGAAUCUUGAAUCGGGAAAUUAUGAUCCCGCCAAGUGUAGAUUCGAUGUAUGAGUAAUUGGAUGGUGACUAAGUGUCGUUUAUUUGUGUGUGUAUCAUUCAUUAGAAUUCGUAUAUAUGUGUGGCGUACCAAGCAUGUGGGCCAAGCAACCAAGCACUUCACUCGCUCUUUCAAGCUUUUCUUCAUACUAAGCAUCUUUCACAAUGGUCGCCUUACCUCUUGGUAUCUUCUUGACGUCGCUAGCGGCGUCUGCUGUGGCAGCUCCAGCCCCAGCAGUCACACCUGCACCCGAGCCCGAGGUCGUCAAACGUGCCUCCAGCUGCACCUUUUCGGGCUCGAACGGAGCUGCUGAGGCGUCCAAGUCGCAGUCAUCAUGUGCUACCAUGGUUCUCUCAGACGUUGCUGUUCCUUCAGGCACUACUUUGGACCUCUCCAGUCUGGCUGACGAUACCACUGUCGUCUUCGAGGGUACCACAACUUGGGGCUACAAGGAGUGGAAAGGGCCUCUUCUUGACAUUCGUGGAACCAGAAUCACUGUCAAGGGUGCUGAGGGGUCCGUUCUCGACGGUGACGGCGCUCGUUGGUGGGACGGUGAGGGUGGAAACGGCGGAAAGACAAAGCCCAAGUUCUUCUCCGCACACAAGCUCACCGAAUCCUCCAUCACCGGCAUUACUAUCAAGAACCCUCCCGUCCAGGUUGUCAGUAUCAACGGAUGUGACGGUCUCACCAUUACGGAUAUGACCAUCGAUGCUUCGGAAGGUGACAAGGACGAGCAAGGUCACAACACUGAUGGUUUUGAUAUUGGCUCCAGCAGCAAUGUCAUCAUUGAUGGCGCAAAGGUCUACAACCAGGAUGAUUGUGUUGCCGUGAACUCCGGUACCGAUAUCACCUUCAAGAACGGUCUCUGCUCUGGCGGACACGGUCUCUCCAUCGGCUCUGUCGGUGGUCGUGACGAUAACACGGUUGAUACAGUCACCUUCUCGAACUCCGAGAUUACCAAGUCAGUCAACGGCGUCCGCGUCAAGGCUCGCGCUGGUACUACCGGCAAGAUCAACAAGGUCACUUACGAGGAUAUCACCCUGUCUGAGAUCUCCAAGUAUGGCGUCCUCAUUGAACAGAACUACGAUGGUGGUGACCUACACGGCGACGCUGAUACUGGUGUUCCCAUCACCGGCUUGACCCUCGAUAACGUCACUGGCGACGUCUCCAGUAGUGGCUACGACGUUGUCGUUACCUGCGGCAAGGGCUCCUGCACUGGCUGGACGUGGACAGAUGUCUCCGUGACUGGCGGUAAGACUUACGAUAAGUGCUCCAACGUACCCAGCGUUACCAAGUGCUCGUAGAUGGUCGGUAUAGCCUUUGGUGAUGAUAGCUUGAGCCUACCUCAGCCAUGGUGAUGCACACUCCAUUCUCGGUUCAGACAUGUCGUCAGAGUUUCGCGGUCGUUCCUUUUGCUUCGCUGUAAAUAUCCUAUCCUCUUUUGCAUCUUCAGAAGACUGUAAUGGACUCUUAUCUCAGAAUCGUGUAUGCAAUACAUACUUUCCACCAACAUGUGCCUUUUUCGGAGUGACGUGGCGACCAUGCAGUGUCGGAUCUGCGAGAGUU